AUGAAUAAUAAAAGUAGGGGUGCGUUUUUGUUAAAAUUGGCGUGCAAAAAACACCAACAAGACAUUUCUGAUCAGACUACUGUUCAAAAUACACCCAUAGGAAGCGACGAUUUAGUGAAAGAUGAAUUGUAUUUGAAACAACAAAAUACCCUAUGUGAAGGACCAAUCACCGUAAAUGUUAAACAAUUUUCGUGUGAAGAUAGUGGUCAUGCAUCAGAUAAGGAAAACAUUUAUUUUGGAGACAGUGACGACAGCGUCAAAGACCCAAAUUUUGAAAUCACAACGUGUGCUAAUAAAAGCAGCAGCUCAGACGAUAGUUCUGGUCGUCCAGCUGCAAAAAAGCGCGUUAGACGAGUAUCUGAAUUAUCGAGCACGUCACAGCAAAAAAACUCAGCCUAUUUCAAAUACUGA